AUCCAAUUUACACCAUCUCCGGAGAUCUCGCCAUUAGAGUCCUCCCCUCCCCUUACUCUUCUUCAUCAUAAGAUCACUAUGAAGAUCAAGAGGGAGAGUUCAAGGCUCCUCAAGCCCAGCUACCCCACCUCCAACCAUCCUCCCACCGAUGUCUUCAUCCCUCUCAGCCCAUUCGACACAGUCAGCUUCGACACCCACGUAGCCACCUUGUAUGCCUACCGACCGCCAAAUCCGGCCAACAAGGUCAUCGAGCAGGGCCUACGCAUGGCUCUCGCCGAGUAUAGAGAGUGGGCCGGCCGGCUCGUCUACGACGAGGACGGCCGCCGCUGCAUCCUCCUCAGUGACCAGGGCAUGCGCUUUGUCGAAGCCACUUGCGACUACCCUCUUGGUAAUAUGGACAAGCCUUCCCCCGACUACCUUGAUCUGCACCUGCCCAUCACCGGCAUAGAGGAACUGGCUCAGGUGCAGCUCACUAGGUUCGCCUGUGGCUCCCUGGUUGUGGGCGUCACUACCCACCAUAUGAUCGCCGACGGGUUCUCCACCAGCCAUUUCCUGGUUGCAUGGGGCAGAGCCGUGCGCGGCCUUCCCAUGGACCCUCUUCCUCUUCAUGACCGUUCCAUCUUCGUCCCCCGCAACCCUCCUCGUUACCAGUUCGAUCAUCGCGGCGUCGAAUACCUCGACCGCCAAAAGAUCAGCCACUCGGACUCCGGCGACACCAUAGUGGUGCACAAAGCACAUUUUUCGUCGGAGUUUCUAGCAAAACUGAAGAACAGGGCCGCGGUGGAUUGCCCCUAUAAAAAGCCUUUUACUACAUUUGAGUGUCUUCUUGCUCACCUGUGGAGGAAGAUUACCAGAGCCAGAAGGCUCGACGGGAAGCAGAUCACCAAGAUUAAGAUCGCUGUUAACGGACGCGCUAGAAUGAGCAACCCGCCGGUGCCCAUGAGGUAUUUCGGCAACGUGGUGCUGUGGGCUCUGCCGCAGUCCAAGGCCGAGGACCUUUUGGCGAAGCCGGUGGGUCAUGCAGCGAGGCUCAUACACGAUGCAGUCGCUCGGGUGGACGACGACUACUUCAGGUCCUUCAUCGACUUCUCGAGCUCGCAGGAGAAGAUGGAAGGGCUGGUGUCGAGCACAGACGCGGACGAGAUGGUGCUGAGCCCAGACCUGGAGGUGGACUGCUGGCUCCGGUUCCCCUUCUACGACUUGGACUUCGGCGCAGGGUGCCCCGACCUCUUUGUGCCUUCCUAUCUGCCUGUCGAAGGACUCUUGAUUGUCGCGCCGUCCGUCAAUGGUAACGGAGAUAUCGAUGCCUUCGUUCCUCUGUUUGAGAAGAACAUGGGGUCCUUCAAAGAAGACUUCUACUCGCUGGAGUAGAAAGGAAGAGACUCAGUGCCAAUUUUUUAAAUUCAUUCAUCUUGUUAUAAGAUUAGUCCAAUGCUCUAUGAUUCCAAGGAUCAUUUUUUCUUGCACCAACAAAAGAUCAGAAUACUUGUAACAAUAUAUGCUUGGCCGGAAAAGUGGGCCUUAUAUUCUAAUAUCAGAAGAACAGUUGAUUCUUUUUUUCCAUUUUUUUCUGUCCCUUUUUCCACUCUUUGGUGUGGAGGUAUUUAUAUAUGAAUACAGUUCUACUUGUAAUAUCAUAUUUC